AGGUUGCAAGUCACUGUGAUACGGCGGCGUGAAGACGACGUGAUGGCCGCGAUCCAUGGCCAUCUGCACGAUGACAGGUGGCGCACGCUUGCAUCAUUCGUGCCUUCGUCCACGAUCCUGAAGGGGUGUCGUCUGAGCAGCGACGUCGUCAAGCAAGCGUUGAAACCAUGCAACGAAGUCAAGAGCUUUGAGUUAUCGCAACCGUCAGCCAUUAUGGCAGCGAUGAAGCAGAGUCAACGCCUUUUGUGCUUCUGCUUGGCGUCUGCGGCAUCGUCAGGAUGGUAUAUACUGUGA